AUGAAUCGAAUUUGGCGGACCAUUGAUAAAAAUUUGGCCAGAGUUUUAAAACCCGGAGGCUAUUUGGAAUUAUGUGAAUACGAAAUUCAUGUAAAUUCUUUCAUUGAUAUUGGUAAAAGGUUUCAUAAUGCUAAAACAGUGAUCGCUACGUGGGAAACAUUUCAAAGAAUUAUUCAAGCUAAACUGAAAAUUAGCGAUCAAAAUUUUAAAAAAUCAAUCGACAAUUUUCGUCUUCAAUCUGAAGAUCCAAAUGUUAAAAUGUUUGCCAAAAGUCAUCGUGUUUAUGCUAAGAAAAAGUAG